GGGAGUAGUUGUAGUCGUCGCACCGGAUGGUCGAACUGUCCAGGGACAAACAAGAGCUACCGGGAUAGUUUGUUUCAAGGGCUUUUUUUUUUGUGUGUGUAGCGGGAGUUUCGGGAGUAAAACCGCCUUAAGUGGUCGGAUAUCGAAUCCCCUUUUCCCUCUCGGAUAGUGAACUAAAGUUGCCACCAUGCCGGUGUUCCACACGAAGACGAUAGAAAGUAUCCUGGAGCCGGUGGCCCAGCAGAUCUCCCACCUGGUGAUAAUGCACGAGGAAGGCGAAGUCGACGGGAAAGCUAUCCCGGACCUGACGGCGCCGGUCGCGGCCGUGCAGGCGGCGGUUAGCAACCUCGUUCGGGUGGGGAAGGAGACUGUACAAACCACAGAGGACCAGAUCAUGAAAAGGGACAUGCCACCAGCUUUUAUCAAAGUGGAAAAUGCGUGCACGAAGCUGGUGCAGGCUGCCUCCAUGCUGAAAGCCGAUCCGUACUCCGUUCCUGCUCGGGAUUACCUCAUCGAUGGCUCCCGGGGCAUCCUCUCUGGGACCUCUGACCUGCUCCUGACUUUUGACGAGGCCGAGGUCCGCAAAAUAAUCCGCGUAUGCAAAGGCAUCCUUGAGUACCUGACAGUGGCAGAGGUGGUGGAGUCUAUGGAGGAUCUGAUCACGUACACAAAGAACCUGGGACCAGGCAUGACAAAGAUGGCAAAGAUGAUAGAUGAGCGACAGCAGGAGCUGACUCACCAGGAGCAUCGUGUGAUGCUGGUCAACUCCAUGAACACAGUCAAAGAGCUGCUGCCAAUCCUCAUCUCAGGUAUCAAAAUAUUUGUAACAACCAAGACAUCUGGCAGCCAGGGUGUGGAGGAGGCCUUGAAGAACCGUAACUUCACUUUUGAGAAGAUGAGUGCCGAGAUAAACGAGAUCAUCAGAGUGCUGCAGCUUACAUCUUGGGAUGAGGACGCCUGGGCCAACAAGGACACAGAGGCCAUGAAGAGGGCUCUGGGGCUCAUCGACUCAAAGAUGGGUCAGGCUAAGAACUGGCUGAGGGAUCCAAACGCUCAACCCGGUGACCAAGGCGAGCAGGCCAUUCGACAGAUCCUGGAUGAGGCCGGGAAAGUUGGUGAAUUGUGCGCUGGGAAGGAGCGCCGAGACAUUUUGGGCACGGCCAAGACCUUGGGCCAGAUGACCGACCAGGUGUCUGAGAUGAGGGCCAGAGGUCAGGGGGCAGCCCCAGCCGCCAUGCAGAAGGCCCAGCAGGUUUCCCAAGGGCUUGACGUGCUAACUGGCAAGGUGGAAAAUGCUGCUCGCAAACUGGAAGCUAUGACUAACUCCAAGCAGGCGAUCGCCAAAAGGAUUGAUGCCGCACAAAACUGGCUUGCAGACCCCAAUGGUGGCCCAGAGGGAGAAGAGAACAUCAAGGCCCUGCUCAUCGAGGCCAAAAAGAUUGCAGACAUGUGCGAGGAUCCAAAGGAAAGAGAUGAUAUCUUGCGCUCUAUUGGAGAGCUUGCUGCAAUGACUGCCAAGCUCUCUGAUCUCAGAAGACAGGGUAAAGGUGACACUCCCGAAGCCAGAGCUUUGGCUAAACAGAUCGCAACAGCUCUGCAGAACCUGCAGUCCAAGACCAACAAAGCUGUGGCCAACAGCAGGCCUGCAAAGGCAGCUGUUCAUUUGGAGGGAAAGAUCGAACAGGCGCAGCGCUGGAUCGACAAUCCCACAAUAGACGACAGCGGUGUUGGCCAGGCAGCAAUCCGCGGCCUGGUGGCAGAGGGCCGCAGGCUGGCCAACGCUCUGCCGGGGCCUUACAGGCAGGAGCUGCUGGGUAAAUGUGAGCAGGUGGAGCAGCUCAUGGCCCAGCUGGCCGACCUGGCCGCCCGUGGCGAAGGGGACUCCCCUCAGGCCCGUGCUGUGGCUCAGCAGCUCCAGGAGGCCUUGAAAGACCUUAAAGGGAAGAUGCAAGAGGCGAUGACUCAGGAGGUGUCUGACAUCUUCAGUGACACCACCACCCCCAUCAAGUUACUGGCAGUGGCUGCCACAGCGCCCCUGGACGCCCCCAACAGAGAUGAGGUGUUUGAUGAAAGGGCUGUCAACUUUGAGAACCACGCCAAUAAGCUUGGCACCACUGCAGAGAAGGCCGCUGCGGUCGGCACGGCCAACAAGAGCACGGUGGAGGGAAUCCAGGCUGCCGUCAAGUCAACAAGAGACAUAACACCACAAGUGGUGUCUGCGGCUCGUAUCCUGCUGAGAAACCCUGGCAACCAAGCUGCGUAUGAACAUUUUGAAACAAUGAAGAAUCAGUGGAUUGACAAUGUGGAAAAAAUGACAGUUUUGGUGGACGAGGCCAUCGACACCAAAUCUCUACUGGAUGCCUCAGAGGAGGCCAUCAAGAAGGACCUGGAUAAGUGCCGUGUGGCCAUGGCCAACCACCAACCUCAGAUGCUGGUCGCCGGCGCCACCAGCAUCGCCCGCAGAGCGAACCGCAUUCUCCUGGUCGCGAAGCGAGAGGUGGAGAACUCUGAGGAUCCCAAAUUCAGGGAGAUGGUGAAAGCUGCUUCGGAUGAACUUAGCCAGACAAUUUCUCCGAUGGUGAUGAACGCCAAGGCUGUGGCUGGAAAUAUCCAGGAUCCAAGUCUUCAGAAGGGCUUCCUGGACUCAGGUUAUAAGAUUCUUGGGGCUGUAGCAAAGGUCAGGGAGGCCUUCCAGCCGCAAGAGCCAGACUUCCCACCACCUCCUCCUGAACUGGAACAGCUUAGUCUUAACGAUGAAGCAGCACCACCCAAGCCUCCUCUUCCAGAGGGUGAGGUACCUCCCCCCAGGCCUCCUCCUCCUGAGGAGAAAGAUGAGGAGUUCCCUGAAGCUGGCGAUAUGGCUAAUGAGCCCAUGAUGGUGGCGGCCAGGCAGCUCCACGAUGAAGCCCGCAAAUGGUCCAGCAAAGGAAAUGACAUCAUCGGCGCUGCCAAGCGAAUGGCCUUGCUCAUGGCAGAGAUGUCACGUCUGGUGCGCGGAGGCGGCGGAAACAAGCGUGCCCUCAUCCAGUGCGCCAAAGACAUUGCCAAGGCUUCUGACGAGGUCACACGGCUGGCUAAGGAGGUGGCCAAGCAGUGUACCGACAAGAGAAUCCGGACCAACCUGCUCCAGGUGUGUGAACGCAUUCCCACCAUCAGCACUCAGCUCAAAAUCCUGUCCACAGUCAAGGCCACCAUGCUGGGUCGUACCAACAUCAGCGAAGAGGAAUCAGAGCAGGCCACUGAGAUGUUGGUCCACAAUGCUCAGAACCUGAUGCAGUCUGUGAAGGAGACCGUCAGGGAGGCCGAGGCAGCUUCCAUUAAGAUCCGGACAGAUGCAGGUUUCACCCUUCACUGGGUCAGGAAGACCCCCUGGUACCAGUGAGAGAAAGGCCCCCUGUUCCCCUGCCUCAUGCUGGAGCUGCCCAGCUGUCCAUGAGGACCCUGAAUGGGCAGAUAUAUACUGUAUCAGAGCUAUGAUAUCCGUGCCCUUCACUCUAAUAUGGGUUUCAACAUUAGUCCCAGGUCCUGUCUGUAACUGUUACUGUUGCUGUUCUAGUAGAAUGUAAACAAUGGGACUAUCAGUACGAGUUAUGGGUUAGAUUCUCACUGGGAACGUUUUUUUUUUCCUAAAGUGUGUAAAAAAAUAUGUUUUAAAGCUUAUUUUGACAAAUCCCAGGAAAUAUAUAUAUUUUGAUUAGCGGUUGGAUUUCAUAUAAUGUGAGGUUGAUUGUUUUUGAUCUCUUCUAGACACAAGCCACAGUAAGUUAAAUUUAAAUAAGAUUUUCUCAAGAGGCAUUUUUUUUAUAUCUUUCUACUGAUAAUGUAAUUAUUAUCAUUGACUCACCUUUUUGCUAAUAAAAGCACACUAUAUUUAGGAGUCGUUACAAGUACAAUGUAGGCCUUCGCUCAGAACACACUAAAUAUAUCCAGUGGUAUUACUGUAUGUCUGUUUACAGUAUUCUUUAUUGUCAAGUGAAACAGAAACACUGUUCCUUAUUUGACCUUUUGUAAUGCAAUUGUUGUGAUGUUUAUUUUCUUCAAAGUUCUGCCAAAGACAGUCUGCCACGACCUUUGAAAGUAAAGCUGUCGACCUUUGGUCAUCGAUUGAGUAUAAGGGCUACUUACUUACACAAGCUAAUUCAAGAAAUAACUACAAUUUCUAAUGCAGGUAUAGAUGAAAACUGCUUUCAAGCCUGCAUUCAAGUCAAUCUAUGUUUGGUUUCACAUGUUGCUUUGAGAUUACAUGCAAUAAACAGGCUUGUGCAAGCGCAUAGUUUGCUCACGCGUCAGGCCGGCUCUGCCAACAGAAA